UUCGGAGAGACAUGAAUGAAUGAAUUACAGUAUAUUUAUCGAACAGCAUUGUACAGCAUCUUAUUCUAGAUUUUCUUUUCACUUGGCCAGCAGAGAGAAAAGUUCUUGAAUCAUUCGGGAAGAUGCCGGAAAAAGAGGGAGCGGUCCAAAAAUAAAAAGAGUGCAGCAGGUCUACGCAAUGAUCUUCUGUACCCUCAAGAGUCAAAGAGUAUCUCCGUCCAUAGAUAGAGAGGCGCGGAUAUCGCCUCCCCCUCCCCCUGCUUAUAAUAAUGGUAAUCCCCCCAAACCAUCGUCUUCAACCUCUCCAAUCUCUCCCCAUCUCCGUAUUCUCCAUGGUUGCUGUUGCAUCGCUCUCCCUCUCCUCUCCGAACUCCCUUCUCGGGCUUCGGAACCCUCCCCGUCCCCCUCCUCUCCCCCGUCGCCUCCGCCUCCGCGCCUCCGCCGCCGCCGCCGCACCCUCCGCCGCAGCCGGCGGAACGCUGUACGACGUGCUCGGGAUCGGCGCGGCGGCGACGGGGCGCGAGAUCAAGGCCGCGUACCGGCGCCUCGCGCGCGAGCGCCACCCCGACGUCGUCCGCGGCGCCUCCGCCGACGAGUUCAUCCGCAUCCACGCCGCCUACGCCACCCUCUCCGACCCCGACCAGCGCGCCCGCUACGACCGCUCCACGUCCCUCUCCUCCGCCGCCGCCGCCGCCGCCGCCGCCGCCGCCGCCGCCGCCGCCGCCGCGGCGCCACCGCGCGGCGAUCGGAGGCCCUUCUCCUCCUCCUCCUCCUCCUCCUACGCGGCCCCGAGCUUUGCCAGAUCCGGGCGCAGGACGUGGGAAACGGAUCAGUGCUGGUAGGCCGGGGGGUGGGGGGUUAUCGUCAGCAUCCUGAUCCGAUCUUAGGGUUUUUCCGCGCCUCGCGAAGAGGACAGGGAUCGACGGCGAUCGAUUCGAAAAAGGGUACACGAUGAUCCGAUCUUUCGAUUCCGAUCUCAGAAGAACAUUAUAGAAGGAUCUGGAUGGAUGAUUUUACUGUACUAUAUGCAAUUAUUAUUCUGAGAGGUGGAUUAGUGGACGGAGGAGGAGGAGGAGGAGGAGGGUUUAUGUGCAUAUUAGUAGACACAACCCUCCUCAUCAUACGCUGAUCUUGUGGUGUUCUAAUUAUAACUCUCUUUUUUUUUUUCUUUUCUUUUCUUUUUGUGUAACCUUGUAGAAAUCGAAUUAAUGGAAUUAUGAUCUUAGUUUCAUCUU